CUAUAAAUACAGUUGCAGGGCUUGAAAAGUUCUCCCUCCUCUCUCUCUCUUUCUCCCUUGUUUGUGGGAACAAAAACCAUUGAUUAACACUCCAAAAAAACCCAUGGAGCAGCCCAAGCCCAAGCCCAGAUUCGUAAUAUCGGCAUCUGAGGCCCAAACCCAUUCUUCUCCCAUCGCCAAACUCCUCCCCUCCCUCGUCGCCCCCGCCCAGUCCCUCGCCCGUCCACCCAUCUCCAACUUCCCCGUCGCCGCCGUAGGCCUAGGCGCCUCCGGCCGCAUAUUCGUCGGCGUCAACGUGGAGUUCCCGGGUCUCCCCUUCCACCACACCAUCCACGCCGAGCAGUUCCUCCUCACGAACCUCGCACUCCACGGCGAGACCCGCCUCGACUCCUUCGCUGUCUCCGCCGCCCCUUGCGGCCACUGCCGGCAGUUCCUCCAGGAACUCCGCGACGCCCCCGACAUCCAAAUCCUGAUCACCUCCCACGCCAACCCUCACUUCACCCCUCUCUCCCACUUCCUCUCCCACCGCUUCGGCCCCCACGAUCUUCUCCCCAAAACCGCGCCUCUCCUCUUGGAGCCUCGCCACAACGCCCUCUCUCUCCCCACUCCCAUUCCCCAAAACACCAACCCUAAUAAUCUAACGCUUCCCGCGUUGGAAGCGGCGAAUAACUCCCACGCGCCCUACAGCGCCUCCCCCUCCGGCGUCGCCCUUCUCGAUUCCAAGGGAACUGUCCAUAAAGGCUCUUACAUUGAGUCCGCUGCUUAUAACCCCAGCCUGGGACCCCUCCAGGCUGCUCUGGUCGCCUUCAUUGUCGGCGGCGGCGGCGCCUAUGACGAGAUUGUGGCGGCGGUGUUGGUCGAGAAGGAGGGGGCUGCCAUCAAACAGGAGCCCACGGCGAGGUUGGUGCUCCAUUCCAUCUCCCCUCACUGCCACUUCAGGACCUUCCUCGCCACCGCCUCUUCUCAUUCACCUAUCUCAUCUUGAACCACCAUAGCAACAACACCAUCAAAAAAAGAUUGUUUUUUUUUUCAUCUCCAAUAAAAACCAUUAAAAUAUAGCUCUGUCUUAUCGUCACGUUUGGAUAUGGUGUAGAAUACUUCCCAUGCUAUUAUUGUGCCUCUCUGUGUGCUUUUAAUAUUAUUUUUUGUUGUCACUGUUGUUAUCUGUAUACAAUAUUAUAUUUAACUCUUGGCCUCAUAAA